UUAGAGAAAAAAUACCCGCGAAUUUGGAGAAUGGUAAAACCUCAUUUGGCGCCAAAAAUGGUCCCAAUAUAUAUAAACCCCUACACUCAAGACUCGUUCUCGUAUUCCCUCUCUUUAUCCCGAUUCUCUGUUCUGAUGAGCAAAACAAUGGAGACUGAUAAUGCUACAGUAAUGGCGGAGGAGAAUGUGAAGAAGGUUUGCUCCGUUACUGGGUCCGGGUACGAUAAUGGUACGGCGAUCAAACUUUUAGUCGAUAAUCCUGUCCCGAUGACCGUUAGCCGGACGAUUACUGGUACAGGGUUUAGAAUUUCGACCCAGAAUAUCGAACAAGAUUCUAAGGGUUCCAACAUUGAGACGGAUGAUCAGGAGAAGGCGAGUAAGGUUGCUAUUACUCCUAGAAUGUCUUUUGAUGAUUUUUUGAAAUCCACGAAUACUCAGGUUAUGACUACUAUGGAGUAUCUCAAAUCCCAGGUGCAAGAAUCUGAAGUUCGGGUUAAGGAGGAAACUGAUGUUGGGUUUGAGAAACAGGUGGUGUCUCAAAAUGAAGUAAAGUGUUCCAACGAUGAAAGUCUCAAUGGUAAAAUCAAGCAAGGAGUGUUAGAAGUAGCAGUAGAGACGGUGAAGCGCAAGACUCUUGUAGAGAGUUUGUGUGAGGAACAGGUUCGAAGUAACAAUCAAGUCAUGGUGAAACUAGAUAACCCCAUUAAAGCUCAACCAAUAACGGCUAUAGUUCCAGUGAAAGACGAGCCUGUGAUAGAUGCUGAGCCGAUUAACUGGGCGAAGGCCAUUGUUCCGGUGAAAGAGGAGGCGGUAAGAGAAACAUUACGCGAGCGUUUCAUCAAGAAAUUCAAAAGUGCCCCCGUUAGAGGACCGAGUUGGCAGAAGCUGCCUGAUGCGAAGAAGCAGAAAACUGAGAAUCAAAAGCCUUGUCCCAUUCCAGUGGAGGAUGGGGACUUCCCUGAAGACCCGGACUGGUUUUUGGUGGGAAGAACAAUGGUGACCGCGCUUUCAACAACUAAAGGCAGGAAAUUGGUGGACAAUGAGAUUGUCCAUUUCGCUUUUCCUUCCACUGACUGGAAAUCUAACGGCCGUUGGAUUGUUCGCUUUUCGACCAAACGAUAUGGAGAGAUUGGUAGGCUUCCAAUGGAGUGGGGUAAGUGUGUUGUUCCUCUUGUAAAUUCUGGUAAGGUGAAGUUUUUUGGGCGUUGUGUAGCUGCACCAUCAAACCUUUCUAUAAUGCAAGAUAUUAUUUUAUAUGUGAGCUUUUACAUCCACCGCUCGAUGUUUAUAGAGGAUGAUAACUCUUCACGGGGGUGGAAGCUAGAAGCUGUGAACAUUAACUCUACAAUCUACCCCCUCCUCACCUUGUUCAAGUUGCUGAAAAUCCAACCUUAUCAGAGGGCUGAGUUCACCCCAGAAGAACUUGAUUCUCGGAAACGCCUUUUAAAUCUAGAAAGUGCUCCAGAUGAAACUGCAUCAAUGCUGCCUAUUGUAAAAAGAAGACAAGGUUGCCAGCAGUAUCCAGAGCAAAGCAAGGAUGAGCAAGCCGUUUCUGAGUCAUCUAUGAAUAAUAUUGUUGGUGCUGCAGAAUCAUAUGAUUUGGAGGAGAUGGAACCCCCCAGGAAUCUCACUUGUAGUCUAAGGUCAUACCAGAAACAGGCCCUCUACUGGAUGUCAGAACUAGAGAAGGGAAUUGAUGUUGAGGAAGCAGCGAAGACCCUUCAUCCUUGCUGGGCAGCCUAUAAAAUAAGUGACGAGAGGGCUUCCUCAAUCUAUGUCAACCUCUUCUCAGGGGAAGCAACAACCAAAUUUCCAACUGCCACGCAGAUGGCAAGAGGGGGAAUUCUAGCAGAUGCGAUGGGACUUGGAAAAACUGUUAUGACAAUUGCUCUAAUUCUUAAAAGUCCUGGUCAUGGUAGUUCUAAUAAUCAAGGACUUCUUAAAGGUUCUCAGACAGAUACCUCAUCUAAACCAAACGGCGGCACUCUUAUUGUUUGUCCAAUGGCUUUGCUAAGUCAGUGGAAGGAUGAGCUUGAAACUCAUUCGGAUGCAGAUAGCAUUUCCAUAUUUGUUCACUAUGGUGGGGGAAGGUCAACUAGCCCCAAGUUGAUUGCAGAGCAUGAUGUUGUCUUGACAACAUAUGGUGUCUUGAGUUCUGCUUAUAAAUAUGACGAAGAGAACAGCAUUUUCCACAGCAUGGACUGGUAUAGGGUGGUGCUAGAUGAAGCCCAUACAAUUAAGUCUUGGAAGACCCAAGGUGCUCUUGCUGCUUUUACUUUGUCCUCACAUUGCAGAUGGUGUUUGACAGGAACACCUAUUCAGAAUAAUCUGGAGGACCUCUUCAGCCUCUUAUGCUUCUUGCAUGUUGAACCAUGGUGCAACUGGGCUUGGUGGAACAAAUUGAUUCAAAGGCCUUAUGACAAUGGGGAUCCUCGAGGCCUUAGACUAAUAAAGGCUAUUUUGAGACCGCUAAUGUUGAGAAGAACAAAGGAAUCAAAGGACAAAAAAGGAAGACCCAUACUUGUUCUUCCUCCAACUGAUAUUCAAACCAUCGAAUGUGAACAAUCAGAAGCUGAACGUGACUUCUAUGAUGCCCUGUUCAAAAGGUCAAAGGUCCAAUUUGACCAAUUUGUGGCACAAGGGAAAGUCCUACAUAAUUAUGCUAACAUUCUUGAACUACUCUUGCGUCUGAGGCAGUGUUGCAACCAUCCGUAUCUUGUUAUGAGUCGAGGAGAUUCACAAAAGUUUGCAGAUUUAAAUAAGCUUGCCAAGAGAUUCCUUGACUCAAAUUCUGACUCAACAUCUUCAGCUUCAGCACCACCCUCCAGAGCCUAUGUUGAAGAAGUUGUUAAUGGCAUUCGAUGUGGUGAUAACUCUGAGUGUCCCAUUUGCCUGGAGUCUGCAGAUGAUGCUGUCCUAACACCCUGCGCCCAUAGGAUGUGCAGAGAGUGUCUCCUUUCAAGCUGGCGGACACCGGCUGCUGGCCUCUGCCCCAUUUGUAGGCAGAUCCUUAAAAAAACAGACCUCAUAACCUGCCCAUCAGAGAGCAAGUUCCAAGUUGAUAUUGAGAAGAACUGGAAAGAAUCAUCAAAGGUUUCUAGUCUCUUGCAUUGCUUGGAAAGAAUCUGCUCCUCGGGCUCUGGUGAAAAGAGCAUUGUUUUCAGUCAGUGGACUACAUUUUUGGAUCUUCUAGAGAUUCCUUUAAAGAAGAGGAGAAUAGGGUACUUGAGGUAUGAUGGAGGGCUGUCUCAGAAGCAAAGGGAAAGAGUCUUGAAUGAGUUCAACGACACCAAAGAAAAAAUGGUACUACUAAUGUCUUUGAGAGCUGGUGGUGUUGGCUUGAAUUUAACUGCAGCAUCCAAUGUGUUCUUAAUGGAUCCAUGGUGGAAUCCAGCAGUUGAAGAGCAAGCAAUCAUGAGAAUUCACCGCAUUGGUCAAAAAAGAACAGUUUCUGUCCGUAGAUUCAUCGUCAAGGAUACUGUUGAGGAACGCAUGCAGCAAGUUCAGGCAAGAAAACAGAGAAUGAUUGCUGGGGCACUUACUGAUGAAGAGGUUCGUUCUGCUAGAAUUGAAGAGCUCAAAAUGCUUUUCAGAUGAAAAAAAUUGCAAGUCUUUUUUGGGUUAGUGGGAAUGGUUUUUAUUGUCAAACUUUUGUAAAGAUGAGUUGGGUUUAUUUAUGCACAGCUGGGGCUUCGUGUCUAGUCUUAGUACUAUAAUUUUCUCUUGUUACAGUGAGAGCCCAAUUUUGUAAAUUUUGGAAAUAUCAAAUCCCAAUUGAAAAUCA